ACUUAACGUAGGAGGCCUAUGAAGUGAAUACCUAGGCAAGCCAGUGCCGCUUACUCAAAGCUUUAUCAGAAGUGUGCAAAAGAUCGACCCACUAUAAGGUAAGUGAGCAUUACCUAAAGUAAACGACUUAGAAGCUUGGGGUCGGCGCUGGCUGAAGCUUUUACCUCUCCAAAAGUCUUUUCAGCAUCUCGGGUGUAAGUUUUAGUUGCAAAUGUAAGAAACGAUGGGACCUAAGGAAUAGACCCUGACCGAGUAAACUAACAUCCUGGUAUAGCUGGGUUAAUCGAACAAAGGAAAUAACAAAAUUCGCCCCUAUACCGCAAACUAUUCCCCCUAUAUGUGGUGAGACGAGGAUAUAGUUGUGACUGCUUGAAUAUGAUAAGGAAGUAAGGAUUUAUUUAAAGAAAGGAUACUCAAUCUUGAAACAAAGGUGAGCUAAGAAGUGCUCGGUUCUUGUAACGCUCUCUUAGUUUAGUAGUAGAAAGUUUGAAAUGCUGUAUAAGAGCAAAUUUUAAAGAUUGUUUUUACUUAAACAUUUAGCUGCGGUCACUCGUGAAACAUUUGUGUCAACACGAGAAUAUGCCGCAGUUGACCUAAUUUGAAGGUCUGCAAAAUAUACUUUGCACUUUGCACUGAAUUCGUUUCCACUUUUUCAAAACGAAUCGUCCUUAUAUCGAUGUAAGCGCAACGUUAGAACGAGGUCUGAAUGAACGUUUAUGCCAAAAAGUAAUUAGGCUUGACAAGCUCCGUCGUGCUUGAGGUAUGCUAAACAACUUUACCUUGAUUCAGACGUCGCGCCCGACUUAUGCCGAAUUCAAUAACAAUGAUCAUAAGCUCUCUCUUUUAUAAAAAAUGCUGUUUGCACUCCUUCUUUAAUUUAAAGGACUGUUAAAAGCCCUUAGAAUGCGUUUACUGAGGGGUGUCUAUCACGAAAAUCUGGAAUAAAGCUUAAAGGUUUUCCAAGUUUUCAAAUUUCUCAAAGUUGUUUAUGUACAGGUAUAAGAUUAAGAUGUAAAUUUUUUUCUCUUGCAACAAACUUAAGCUUAAUUACGCCCUGUCCACUCGUAUCUGGAUAUUUUUGAAUCCGCAACUUUUUCUUUGCGGCCGGAUUCGGCUUCCGUCCACGCGUAUCCGGUGAAUCCGGCAGACGAAUCCACAACUUUUUGAAUCCGCUCUCCAGAGUGAAACUUCUUGAAUUCGCUAUAUGAAUCUGGAAACGUGUAUAUCUAAUAAAAAUAAAACACAUACGUAUAACUCUUCUGCUAUGUUAGUUUCAUGUUUCAUGCUUUUAAGUAAAAGAUUGAUCUGCACGGACAAUGAGAAGUAAAGCUUUACUUUUCUCCUCCCCUCGUCUCGAGCUUCGCACUCCUUUCGCGCUUCGCGCAAAAUGCCGCGUUCGCCUCGCUUGGCUCAUACAGCGCCUGAUAUAUAUAGGCUAGAGCAGACCAGUAUUUGUACGCCGUUAUUUGCAGGUCACUUGGUGGGCUUUCGGCCAAUGAGAGGGAAGAAAAAUUUGCAUCAAAUGGUAACUUUGAUUGCUUUAUUUUAUUCUUCUACCGUGCCACCAGAUAGCUUAUUGUGUCGGCACCAAAAGCUAUUUGGUUAUAUAGUGUGAACAUGGCCUUAUUAUCCUAUCAUUUUUAGAGCCUUCUCAGAUAUGGAUGAUGAUGAAGACUACAAAUCACUGUUAAUCCGGAACGACUCGUCUGAUGCUAUUCUAACACUGUACGUGUAUCCCCAUUGGUGCUGCUGGAUCUCCAAGGAAUCGAAAAUAAUAUAUCCCAGCGACAAGUGUCUCUACCGUAGUAAGAAGAGAUUUCAGUUCGAGGUGGUUGCCAGAUGUGAUGACCGGAAAGACAAGAAAAGCGAAGAUGAUAGCCAAACUGACAAAAAAGAUGAAGAAGACAAGCAAGACAAGCCAAAAAAGAAAAAACAGGUCCUCAGAGAAGUUCAAGAAUGGAAGGAAGAUAAACUAUUGAAGAUAACUGGUUUUUUUGGUUCAGAGUCACUUGAUGUCGUUGAGGAAGAUCUUGCCUAUUACCCUGAGGAUAAACAAAUAUGCCUUCGAAAACUACAGAGAGACAAAGAGCUUAAAGUAACUAGCGGAGGACGUAACCUGUAUGAGAUCUUAGGUCUUGACAUGGCCACGGUACGUAAAAUGUCAAAGGAAGAACAAAACGAAGCAAUCAGAAGAGGAUAUCGCACACAAAUACGUCGAUGGCAUCCUGAUAACAAUUGUGGAGAUGAAGAGAUCGCCAAAGAGAUCAUCCUUGCCUACGAGCUCUUACAAGAUGAAGGUCGACGUGCGCGUUACAACAAUCUGGCUGACUACGACGGGGGUUGGCUUUCCUGGAGGCGUUACAAAGCAAUUUUCAAACCCGAGUGCGUCAAUAAAGAACAGAAGAAGGCUUACAGAAAAAGAAUGUGCAUGUUUGCUGCGUCACUUGCGAUGACAGCCAUAGGUAUUGGUCUGACUGUUGGCACCGCUGGAUUGGCAGCACCAGCGCUGGUAGCAGUUGGAGCGGUUUUGGGAGGUGGACUUAUCGGAGGUGGAUUUCAAUCCUUGCAGCACACUUUAAAUCAGCGAGCCAUUGUAGACGAUUGUCUGUUUAAAGAAUGGCUGAUGAAAGCAGGGAUUGGCUUCCUUGGAGGAGCCGCUACUGGAGGUGCAGCUGCAGGCUUUACAGCAGCGAUAACCGGUCUUGGAAGCGCGGCUUUAGAGUCAGUUGCCAUCACUGCCGGUCAGUACAUAGGCGUUGGAGCAGCAACUGGUGCUACAGGUGGUGUUGCAGCUUCUAUUGCUUCAGAUGCAGCACGAAAGUUUGUUGAUGGUGAACAGAUCACUUGGAAGCAGGCUGUUGGACAUGCAGUGGUCGGCGGUGUAAUAGGUGCUGCUACAGGGAUCGCUGGAGGGGCCGUCACUAAAGCCAUUGUGGCAGGCCAAGCAUCUGCCGCAUCUGCCAAUCUUGAAGGUGAGAUUGCUGAACAAGUAGCUAUUGUAACUGGAGCAAAGCGUGUCGGUAAUGUUCUGGCUAAAAACAUUCCCCGAAUGUUAACCGAGAAGGGAGCAGAGGCUAUGAUGGGAACUGUGUCUCGACUUGCUGAGGAAAGACUAGAUGAUUCGGUUGAAAAUCGAAGUCCUUGUGAUCAUGUGGUGGAUGGAAUUAAGAACGUGGCUGCAAAUACCGUAAUGGUUGUUGCUCGAGAAUGCACUGCUGCAGGUGUUUCUCAUGCAUUGAACGAAGUAAAGGUGGAUCGAGAAUUGAAGACAGAGUUGCAAAAUCCGCCUUCCACUGAAGCUAUGAGCAAAACGGAUGAAGUCACACAACACGAAAGCCGUGGCCGAAUAAGAUUCAAGAUGGACACAGAAAACAACGAACAUCUGCAUAAAUUGCCAGAUGGUGUGUGCUCUGCCAAAUAUCAGCCAUUGUCUAACGAAAACACCUCAGAACUCACAAGAGAAUCCAAAAAGAAACGUGAUCUACCUGAAGAAAAAAAAGAAGAAAGUAACUGCCAACCGCUUAAAAACGAAGAAACAUCCAGCCAAUCUCUGCCUUCCGACCCGAAUGACUAUGGAGAAGAAAACGCCAGCACAAUUAUUCUUGAAGAAGCAAACGGAAAAGUCAAAUACAUAUCUAAAGGAGCAUGGUUCUCCAAAAUGGUCGUCAGCUAUGUCCUAAACGAGAAAAAGAUUGUUAAAGAAGCUCGCGGCAGUGGAUCUUCAGUUGAUAUUCCGUCCGUUGCUAGGAAUAUCGAAGUUCAAUUUCAAGUGAAACGUCCCUUUUGGGGAGACAUUUGCAAAUAUGACCGUUUUCUUGGCCGUUGGUAUACGCCUGACCAGCCGCAUGUCUUUUGUUACGACUCUCCGCCAAUCCACCGCACGUUUACUAUCAGUGGUGGCCUGUGGUAGGAGGCUGUGAUGAGGGUAAGCAAUGAACACCACGACGAAACAAAAGAAAUGUGAAAACGGUGAGACACUAACACAGUCCAUUUCCAGGUUGACAAUACGUCAAGGCGUGAAGACGGUUCAGAAAAGGCCAACAAACUGUGAUUCUCCUUGUUCUCGUGGUCACAAUGACAUUAAGUUUUCAUUCAAUUUUACGGCCUAAAACCUCUGAGGCCCCAUUUAUGGAGAAAACCUGUACCGGAUACAAUGGCCACCCUCACUCAGGGAGAGUUGACCCCUUUCCCCGAGCCAACAACGCUAGCGAACGCUCAGGUUGUCUGGCCCCGAUUGACUUGACCCAGCUGUACGAGCCAAAGUGUUUGUAUGGAGAAAGUUGUCCCGACUAGGAGGACGACCCGGCUAAACGGUUCACCGUUUUAGCCAAGACAACCUUUU